AUGGCUAUGAAGCCAUUAACAAUUCAAAAAACAGUGCUACUCACUGCAUGCCUAAUCCUUUUUAGUGUGUCAACAAUACCCACAAACAAGGCAGCGAGUAAACCCAUGCAACCCGUUUUCAUAUUUGGUGAUUCAACAGUAGAUGUUGGCACAAACAACCACCUCAAAAACUGCACCGCAAGAGCCAAUCACCCAUAUUAUGGGAUCGAUUAUCUACAGUCGAAACCAACUGGAAGGUUUAGCAAUGGACAAAAUGCUGCUGACACUAUAGUGACACUUUUGGGUGGCUACAAACAUAGCCCGCCUCCAUUUCUUGCACUCCUUAAAAAUAGUUCCAGCUUUACGGGAAAAAUUCUUCAUGGGGUGAACUUUGCUUCGGGAGGUUGUGGCCUUGAUAAAGAAACAGGGAAAGAUCCUUAUGGGGUAGUUGUAUCUUUGGAAGAGCAAAUCCAACAAUUUGCAACUGUUAAAGGAAACAUAACCGCAAUACUAGGUGAGUCAAAUGGUCAACUUUUGCUUCAAGGUUCAAUGUACAUCAUGAGUAUUGGAAGUAACGACAUCAUGUCCUACAUAUUCACUCAUCCUGUAACUCCCGAGCUUUUCAUCGCCAACCUUACAGCCACAUAUGCCAUUCAUCUAAAGAACUUAUAUAGCCUAGGGGCAAGAAAGUUUGGAGUAAUAAGUGUUCCACCAAUUGGAUGUUGCCCAAUUGCCCGUUCAUUCUCUCCCGUUGGUGAUUGUGCAAAGGAGCCUAACGACUUGGCUAUUGCGUUCUAUACACCACUUGAAUCCCUUUUGAAAAACUUGAGCUCUACACUUGAAGGAUUCAAGUAUUCUCUUGGGAAUGCAUACAAUAUGACUAUGAAUAUCAUUGAAAAACCAAUUGGGUUUAAAGAUGUUAAAACAGCAUGUUGUGGGAAUCACACACAACAAGGAAUAAGUGACUGCAAAAAAGGAGGCUACGUGUGUCCAAAUAGGGAUGAAUACUUGUUCUGGGAUGCAUAUCACCCUUCUCAGGCGGCUGUCAAACUAGCGGCUCGUGAGUUGGUCUUUGGUGAAGAUCCGAAAUUUGUGACUCCAAUAAAUUUUAGCACUUUGAAAAGGGCUUGA